CUCAAAAAUGCUCGCCAACGAGAACGCGAAGACGCCAUCCGACGAGGUCUCAUGUCCGAUUCCAGCAAGCCCAUGAAACUCAGUGAAGCGAUCACGCCGGUGGGCACGUGUCAAUCCAUGUGCGCCGAAUUCGAAAGAGUACAGAGGGCAGUACAGAGAGAGAUUUGGGAUGAAGAAAAGGUGGGCACACCUGUUGAGGAGUCCAUGGACGAGAGCCGCAUGGUGAAGAAGUUCAGACGAGCAGCAGCCGGUGUGGAAGAACAGCUGCCUUCAGAUUUGCGGCCUCCUACAGUCUUGCGGGAGACGUGCAAUUACUUGUUCCACAACGUGCUCGGCUCGGCGAAACUGGCACAGGUGCAUCACUUCGUAUGGGAUCGAACACGAGCUAUCCGCAACGACUUGUCCAUUCAGCAGCUUUCCAAGGCCGACGAUCUGAGCAUAGCCAUUGAGUGCUGCGAGAGAAUUGCUCGAUUCCACAUACUCUCUCUGCAUCAACUGGCUCUGGAAGAAAAGCCGUACGAGGCGUACGAUCCCAAACAAGAGCGAGAGCAGCUAGAUAAGACACUGCUUUCUCUGAUGCAGUACUACGAUGACUGUCGCGGCCGCAUACCACUACCCAACGAGCCAGAAUUCCGGGCGUAUUGCGUGCUCUUCCAACUGCAAGAUCGCACGCCUGACCUUGAGGAUCGGGUACAAAGCUGGCCGCGAGAAGUAUCCAAGGAUCGGCGAGUACAACAGGCAUUGAAAGUAUAUGCAGCUGCAUGCAACACUUCAGAUGUGCAGGGUCCAUUCUUUGGUUCCAAUGCUACAUCGCACACGAUCGCCAGGCAAGACUGGGAAAACUUUUGGCAGCUAGUGAAAUCCCGAAAGCUCUCGUAUCUGAUGGCUUGCGUGACUGAGAUCUACUUCAAUCUGGUCCGCAAGAUGGUCCUUAGCGGCAUAGUGCGAACGACACGGAUUUCCAAAGCUCCCAACACCGAGUGGACACUAUCAGAUCUGGGCAAGUUGUUCUACUUUGACGACGACGACCAGUUGGAGGCUUUCUGCGGUCGCUUUGGACUUCAAUUUCGA